AUGCAGUGCGGCGAUUUUGCGUUCUCGCGCUCGGACCAUGUUGAUGCUGCCACUUUGCGGAGGUCCCAAACUUUCAAAGUCCGGUCCAACGAAGAGGUGGCAAUCUGCUGGGUAAAGUUCGGGUUCACGCCAAACCCGCCGAUCUUCUUGUCAUGUAGUUGCAGAAUGUUCAUCUUGGAGCGGCUCUGCUGCUUUUCGCGCAGAUCAAACGUGCCAAACUCACCCUCCAUGGUGCUGAACGCAGCCACAUUGGGGUCCAAAAAGUGCAGAUCAGAGAAACUGGCAGCACCGCCAUACUCGCUAUCGAGAUCCAGAACCGAGCUCGAGUUGUGUUUAUCCAGGUCGAGCACGCGGAUAGACCCAUCGUACGAGCACGACACGAUCUCCUUGGGUUUCUCGUUCCGAAUGCGGAUCCUGGGGAUGUUGCUCCCGUGGUGUUUUAGGUGUGUGGUCUCGGGGCGCGAGUCUGUGUCGUCGUCCACGGACCAAAUACCCAUUUCACCUCCAGUGUCGCCACCAAUUACGACCUUGCGCGUGGUGGACGGAUGGAACGUGAUGGAAGUCAUCCGCGAUGCGGUGAGUCGAAGCUCGCUCGCCGGAAGCUUAUCGUACAGGCCCAGCGAGUCCAUACUUUCUCUGGCGCUUUUCACAUCCUUGGUAGCCUCUUUGGUUUUGAUAGUAUCGAAGAAAUCGCCAAACGAGACCGAUUGGCCCAAUUUGAGCAACUUGUCGAGCACUUCUUUAUUAUCGUUUUCAUCCGCAGAAAUCACAUCGGUCAGCUUAAAGUCGCCAGAAAGUCUGAUUUUCUUCAACCGUUCGAGCUCCUCAGCCUUCUGUUUAGCCAGUUCAGCCUCCUCAUUGGCCUUUCGCUCUUCCUCCGUGUUGGCCUGCACCCCAGCGAGCCGGUUCGAUCUCCGUGUUGGAACAGGUGCUUCUUUUUUCACUUUUUUGGGUUUGGGGCCAUUGCUAUUUGAUCUUUUCGUUUCUUCGGGCAAUUCUUUCUUGAACUCCCGCGACAACGUCUCCAAGUUCAGCUUCUUGAAAAGCUCUUUGUUACGAGCAAUAUUCUGCUGUCUUUGCCUCUCGAACUCAGAUAAAGCAACCAUGGUGAAAAAAAAAGGCGUUAGGUGUAGGUAA